AUGUUCGUGUGCUGCACAGCUGGCACGACCGUCUACGGUGCAUGGGAUCCGAUCGACAAGAUAGCUGAUAUCUGCGAACGUCACAAAAUUUGGUUACAUGUCGAUGCGGCGUGGGGCGGUGGUGUGCUGCUGUCGCCGGAGCACCGCUACAAAUUGGCAGGUAUCGAACGAGCGAACAGUGUCACGUGGAAUCCGCACAAGUUAAUGGGAGCCCUAUUGCAGUGCUCGGCAUGUCUGUUCAGGCAG